AUUAAUCUGACAUAACCUCAUUUUUCGUAAUGGCUUUCGUUUUGGGAAAAUUUUCUCCAAAUUUGAACCCAAAAUGUAACUCGGCUUUAAUUAAUUUCAUUCGAAAUGGUCACCAUCUUCGAGGAAAGCCUCCUGGGGUUGCCAAAUCACUAAAACAAAGAUUACAACAAAUAAAUUACAAAGAUCCUUCGUUACAUUUCCGAGUUGAUAUAGGAUUACCAGCGCCUGUAAUUUCACGUUCUAAACAAUUACAAGAAAGGUUAAGUGUAUUAAAAGCACAACGUAAAAGUCCACAACUUGAGAAACUUGCAAGGACUAAGAAACUGUUAAUCGACUUGGACGAAGCUAAUACUGAAUGGUUAAAAACUUCAGGGUUUUACCAUAUUAAAGAAAUCGCUGACCAUUAUGGGGUUUUUGAGCAUUUAUUUGGGGACGCAUAUUUUUUGUCCAUUAUUAAUUUGAAACUUCAUUUCAAUAACGAUGAUUUUAAACAUCCUGUUUAUUAUGGAAAUGUAAUAAAACCAGCCGAUGCGACUCACAAACCAGAGGUGCAUUUCGAAAGUGAUGAUAAAUCAUUAUGGACUCUAAUCAUGACAAACCCAGAUGGGCAUUUCACCCAACAAGAUAAAGAAUACGUCCAUUGGUUUGUUGGUAAUAUACCUGGGAACAAGAUUGAACAAGGUGAAACAAUUGUGGACUAUUUACAACCAAUUCCACCCAAAGGAACAGGUUAUCACCGUCACAUUUUCAUUUUGUAUAAACAAGAAAAAAAACUUGAUUUCUCUUCUUUUAAAAAACCUGAAAAGUGUUUAGAUUUAGAAGAAAGGACAUUUUCAACUUUAGAUUUCUAUAGGGAAAGACAAGAUGAUUUAACUCCUAGUGGUCUUGCAUUUUUUCAAGCAGACUGGGAUAAAUCACUGACCAAUUUCUACCACAAUACAUUAAACAUGAAAGAGCCAAUUUUCGAAUAUGAUUUUCCUGGACCGUAUAUAAGACCACAAGAAUGGUUCGCAAAGAGGAGACCUUUUAAUUUGUAUAUGGAUAAGUACAGAGAUGUCAAACAAAUCAACAAAGAAUUUUUAAUGAGAAAAUUAAAAAAUGUACACCCAUUUAAAGCACCACCAUCACCGUUACCAUACCCUAAUGCUGUUUAUUUUGAAGGGUAUGUUCCUUCCUGGCUGAAGCUGGAGAAGCAGAAGAGCAGAUUGAAAUGGGGGAGAAUUAAUGACAUCGAAUAGUUUAAUUUUCAUUUAAUAAAUAUGUAAAUAA